AUGCAUUUUAUAGGUCUACACGCCCAGGGAGCUCACAUCCCGCUCCUGGGACCUCGUCCUUUGCCUGUAGCACGGCUGGGUGAGGCAGCAUCCCAGGCCUGUUACAAUGUGGGAGCAGAAGUUCAUCUCCAGACCUCCCGGGCACUCAUGGUGGUUUCCACCCUCAUGGGCUUUGUGGGGGUCAUUGUCAGCGUGGUGGGGAUGAAAUGUACGAAAGUGGCGGACGAGAACCCUGUUGUCAAGAGCCGGAUUGCUGUGGCUGGCGGCAUCUUCUUCAUCCUCGCAGGUCUGUGCACCUUAACAGCUGUUUCAUGGUAUGCCACGCAGGUGACCUACGAGUUCUUCAACCCCAGCACUCCAGUCAAUGCCCGGUAUGAAUUUGGUUCCGCCCUGUUUGUCGGCUGGGCGUCUGCCAGCCUGAUGAUGUUGGGAGGGUCCUUCCUGUGCUGCUCUUGCCCCACCGAGGAGAGGCAAGGACAGCAGUACUACAGGCAGUCGCAGCCUUCGACAGCUAGGGAACCCAAUGUAAAAAUGUCUUCUUCACCCAUCAGGGGAGAGCAGUGUUUAUAGUCUAUCGUCACCCAUCUGGGGAGAACAGCUUAUUAUGUUUCCUUCAAAAAAGUCUAAAAAAAUUAAGUGAAAUAAGUAUAGUAAGGAUUUGACGAGAAAGCUGUGAUACAUUUUCUGCAAGGUCUUUUGUUACAAAGAGUACAGAACUGUGUAUAUGAACAUUUUUAUUCUUUUAAUUUAAAACUGACCAUUUAACUUUUCUAUGGUCCAAAAUGUACUUAAGGGGAAUUAUACUGUUUGGAAUUUCAAAUGUCUUUUGAUUGUUUAUACUAAAAAUCACAACUCGGAGGUUAUUAAAAUAGUUGUGUUC